AUGAAGUACAGUUUGCUGAGUAUAGACUCCAGCUUAAGAAAAUAUUUCUCCUUGAACGACAAGACUGGAGAUCUGAGCUUGUCCGCCACCGACAUUUUGGAUCGCGAAGUGGUCUGUCAGUUCCACGUGACCUGUGUCAUUGACCUGCAGAUCGUCAUCCAGUCCACACAUACCCAGUUCUUCCGUAAAGUUCUGGUCAGCGUUGACGUCAUAGAUGUCAAUGACCACUCUCCGAGUUUCAAAGAAAACGUAACGGUUUUAACAAUAUCGGAGUCAGUACAAAUCCCAACUUCCCUUCCUUUGCCGUCGGCAGUUGAUAAGGAUACUGGUGAUUACUCCCUACAGGGGUAUGAGAUAUUGCCCAAAGAUACGCCAUUUGAGCUGUCGUACUCGAAAUCAAACACAAAUCUUAUGCUUCGACUUGUUAAAGAGUUAGACCAUGAAACAAAAGAUUCCUACUCUUUGAGAAUUAUAGCCCGCGAUGGCGGAACGCCGCAGAAGGAGGGUAUUCUGUACGUGGAGAUUGCAGUAGAAGACGUGAACGACAAUGCUCCAAAAUUCACCCAAGACAAUUAUGCCAAAGUUGUGGACGAAACCAUCAAAAAGGGAUCGCUGUUGUUUACACUGACGGCCACCGAUUUAGACUCGGGGAAAAACGGGCAAAUUAAAUAUCGCCUCAGUCCUCAGCAGCCAGCAUCGAUACUGUCCAUGUUCAGCAUCGAUGAAACACUGGGAGAUCUCCGGCUCAUCGGGGACUUCCAAGACGCAGAGACCGAGUUGUACACGAUUGAUGUUGAAGCUAGCGACUUGGCCGAUCAGCCUUUUACGACCAAAACCACGGCAUCGAUCCAGGUGAGGGACACCAUCAACAGUAGGCCAAAACUACACCUGAGCUACCUGUCCACAAAUAAUUACUCAUCCAUAUCUGAAUACGCCAAUCUUGGAGUUGCUGUAGCUCAUAUCCUGGUCAGAGAUACAGAUAGGGGACCCAACGGAGUUGUAAAUUGUAAGCUGAAUAUAGAGAAAUACUUCGAGUUGCAAAACUAUGAUCUCAAGGAAUACAACGUGAUUGUGGCUAGACCGUUAGACAGAGAGCUUGUACCUAUCCAUAACCUCACUGUAGUGUGUAGUGAUGCUGGGUUGCCACCUCUGAGUGUUUCCGAAUCCUUUCAGGUGAAAAUCAACGACGAAAACGACAAUAUUCCAGAGUUUACUAACAAAUCAUAUACCGUGGCGUUCAGGGAAAACAACGAUAUCGACGAAGAGAUCCUCACAGUGACUGCACAAGACCGUGACGAUCCAAACACGGACAAUGGCCGCUUCACUUACAACCUACAAGACGUGUCCAACAGCGAGUUCAUCAUUAACCCCAUCACUGGAUCCAUUAAAGUGAAAACGUCGUUUGAUUACGAGUUAAAGAGGCAAAUUAAUUUCACAGUUGUCGCGGAAGACAAGGGAAAUCCACGAAGAUCCGGUAAAGCUACCGUCAGUGUCAAUAUUCUAGAUGAAAACGACCAGGUGCCUUAUUUCACCCAAAGCCGUUUCAACAUCGCGGUUUCUGAAUACUCCCGCCCUGGAGAUUUGAUAGGUGAGAUCAAAGCUUUCGAUUUUGAGGAAGGCAACAAUGGCCAAUUAGAAAUUUCCAUAAUUCCAGGAACAGGCAAAGCCAGAAAGGAAAAUACGAGCAAUUUUGUUGAAAAUAAAGCGACUAAAGGUGUAUUAGUGAAUGAGCACGAACUACUGGAUGACAGUAAUCUUCCGUUUGAAGUCCGACCAAAUGGUAGCUUGAUUUUGCUCGAGCAGCUGGACCACGAGAACAGAACAUCGUAUGAGUUUCAGGUUCGAGUCACCGAUAAGGGAGAGCCACCUCUUAGCGAUACGGCCACCGUUAUCAUCGGGGUCAAAGAUGAGAACGACAACCCUCCACAAGUGUUGCACCCUAAUGUGUCGGAACUGUCAUUCACAGCCCUAACGGGUUCUGAAGCUCCAGCGACGCUCUUGGUACUUGAUGUAGUGGACAAGGACAGUGGGAGAAAUGGUUUUAUUGUGUAUACUGUCUCUGCCAGAAAUGACAGCGGGAGGUUCCAGGUCGAUGCUCAGGGAAACGUUAAAAGAACAAGAGAGCUCAGUGGUAAAGACACCGGCACCUACAAACUGACAGUUGUGGUCAUGGACUCCGGAACCCCACCCCUCUCAGACGUCCGGACAUUUUACAUCCACGUGGCCGGCGGAAACGAAACAGCCGACAAAACCGGACUCUUGAGUGACCAAUACAUCAUCAUCACCAUGACCUUAGUCUGCGUCACCAUUCUGCUGAGUGUCACCGUUAUUCUCAUCAUCGUCAUCAUCAAGAGACUGGACAACCGACGAAAAAACGUCACCAGCUGCAACAAACGACCCCAUACGCACAAGGACAACUCGGGACUUCUGGUGGAUCCCACGAAAAUCGAUAAUAUGAAGAACGAGACCAUCGACUGCGGUCAAGGCAACCGCGAGGAGAAGAAUGUCAAGGAUGUCGAGUUUGGAUUUUUGUCGUCUGCUGGGUGUGUAACUAGGGACGCGCUGGGGGAUAGCACGUACAAGCCAAAUUCAUUUAGCCGGCCAAGUCUGCCCGCCUCCGCAUCAAUGGAAGGAGACCCGGAUGUGGUCAACCAGCAGCUGCAACCAGUUCUCUUCCAAAGCUUUCAGCAGUCACAAACUGUUGUGCCAUACCAUGAGGACAGUGUCAGUGACUCGUCAGCCGACUCUCCCACCAGUGACAGUGGUCGCGGGGCGAGUGAUGAUGAUAUCAGUGCCACUGCUGUUACCUUAGGACACGCAGGAGCUGAAUGCCAACAGCCCUACAAAACUUCCUUUGGACACAACCCGAACCCCAACCCCAGCGCUAAACAGCACAGCAGAUCCAGCCAGCGAAAACACGUAACUUUCAAGGACUCAACCCAUGCACUGAGUACGGGAAAGCAAACCAGUGCUUCAGACUGUUCUAGUCUGCCAAGGAACGAAGUUCGACUUGCAACUACUAAGUCUUCAAAGUUGUUAGAAAGUCCCUCACAACAGCCAAUCAUCACGUUUAGCAACAGUAACAGCUGCGUCGAAAAUCAGCCUAGAAACAACAGCGCGGAGAAUUAUAUCCGAAACAACAGUAACCCUAGAAUAGAACAACAGUUCACAAGUUUCACAGGGUAUUCGCCAGUACAAAACCGCCCAGCGACUACCAUACAAAUGUUUCAUUCAUAA